GCGACUUGCAAUGUUUGCCCCCUGACGAUCCCAGAGUGCUUUGCGCAAACAUGGGUAUCCGAUUCCUGGCAACUCAUUUAUUAAUUCUUCUCAUGCUUUACUGCUUUGAAGCGUAACACAACACUGUCUCAUGUGUCACAUUUGUACAAGGUACGAAUGCAGACGUAUUUCCGGCUGUCGCGUAUUUCCGGCCGCCGGCUGUCGCUUGUUUCUGCCGAUUCAUCAUACCUUAAAUAAGCGCUGAGGUAAUUCUUACAUGUAGUAUUGAAAGCUACAUUGCUAGCUGACUUCAACAGGACUUCGUCAUGGCCGUAUUUUCCUUGGCGGUUUUCUUCAUGGCAUCCUCGAUGCUUCUUCUGUGCGUAUCCUCAAAGACCGCACCGACGAUAAAUACGACUUAUGGACCUGUUAGCGGGUUCGUAACAGUUCUUGGGUCAAACAAGACUGUCAUCCGCUAUUUGGGAAUCCCUUUCGCCAAAGCGGAACGUUUUGAAUAUCCCGUUCCUCCGGACAAGUGGACAACAGCUCUGAAUGCGAACAGGACUACCAAGAUUUGCCCACAAUCGCUUCGGCCUGCUAGUAAAUUUAAAAUCCCUCUUAUGAACGAGGAUUGCCUUCAACUUGCGGUACACGUGCCUGGGAAUGCAACCGACAGUUCGGCACUAGCAGUGAUGUUGUGGAUUCAUGGUGGCGGCUUCACUGUAGGAGAUAUCACAGAGUAUGAUGGAAGCAUCUUGGCAACUGAGGGGAACGUGAUUGUCGUCACGGCUGCUUAUCGUUUGGGAGUUUUGGGAUUUUUGAGCUCGAACAGUGGCAAUUUGAGAGGAAACUACGGCAUGCUGGAUCAGAUAGAGGCCAUGAAAUGGGUGAACAAAAAUAUCGCAAGGAUUGACAAGAUUUGUCCACAACCUAGUAUGCCAAGUAGACUGCCGCUUAUGAGCGAGGAUUGCCUUCUGUUAAAUGUGUAUGUCCCAGGCAAUGCCACAAGCAAUUCUUCGCUUGCAGUUAUGUUGUGGAUUCAUGGCGGCGGAUAUAUCACUGGGGAUACUCUAUUUUACGAUGGUAGCGUGCUCGCAACUGAGGGGAACGUGAUUGUUGUCACGGCGGCUUAUCGUUUGGGAGUUUUUGGAUUUUUGAGCUCAAAUAGCGACAAUCUGAAAGGGAACUACGGCAUGCUGGAUCAGAUAGAGGCCAUGAGAUGGGUGAACAAAAACAUUGAAAGGUUUGGUGGUGAUUCUAAGAAAGUCACCAUAUUUGGUGAGUCAGCUGGUGGAUUUAGUGUUGCGCUGUUGCUUCUGUCCCCGUUGGCCAGCGGUUUGUAUCAGAGCGUUAUUAUACAGAGUGGAACGGCAGUGGCUCUACCAGCACUGUUGGAAAAAGAUGAAGCUGAAUUACGAGCAAGGAGCUUUGCUAAGGCCGUGGGAUGCGAGAUAGCUUCACUGAAAGCUUGUGCGAAAAAGAAACCAUUUCAAGACCUUUCAUUCGCUCAGUUAAAAGUGUUUGAUUUUGCCAACUUUUUGCCCUUUGCACCGGUUGUGGAUGGUUACUUUAUGCCAGAUUCCCCCCUCAAACUCCUUAAAGCUGGAAAGUUUAACAAAAGCAAUAUCAUUAUUGGAGUCACAAGAGAUGAUGGAACAGUCUUUACCAAUGGUGUUACAGGUUUCUUACCAGUUCUUGACCUUUCUAAGGGCAUCUCAAGGAAUUUGUUCAUAGAGACGAUAAAAAAUCGAACGUGGGCUCGAAAUCAAAACUCUCAAAUCCUCGACUUAUUGAUUUAUGAAUACACAGACUGGUCAAAUGCCACCGAUCCUUUUCUCUUACGCCAGCAGUUUAUUGACAUCAACACAGAUGCAAACUUCAAAGCCCCCGCAAUUCAGUCGGCCAAUGCAUUUGUAAAGAAAGAAUCUCCAACAUACUUAUAUCAGCUUGAAAAAGCACCCAAAAGUCUUGGAAUAGGUUUUCCGCCAACACCCUCCUGGUGGGGAAUAUUUCACGCAGCUGACCUUGGUUAUACGUUUGGUUUCCCUCUGCUAAUGUCUAAAAACUUUACAACUGCCGAAGAAAUCAAUUUCAGCAAGGAAAUCAUGACCUUCUGGACUAACUUUGCCAAAACUGGAAAUCCUAAUAGUCCAACGCCUUUAGGAACCGAUUGGCCCCAGUACACCACUGAGCGAGGAGAAUACUUGGGACUAAGUUCAAAUAUGACAGUAAGGUGCAAGAUGCGUCCAAAUAAGAUGGCUUUAUGGAAUGAGCUUCUACCAAGUCUUGGAGAAACAGUAAAACCCACCAGAAGUAGCGAUGUGCCGACAACAACUGGAAAACCUGACCACAAAAAAGAUAACAUUAAGAUGGUUCUUGCUAUCUUAACAGGGCUCUUUGGCGCUUUAUCUGUGAUUUUACUGGUCGUGUUGACUGUUCUUUGCAGCAAUCGAAAGAGACGAGAAAAGAACUUCGAGAAUGCAAUAAAUCAUGUAGUCGAUCUAGAAAAGACAGAGCAAUAAUCCAUUGACACCAGGGACCCGUUCCUCGAAAGCCCCGGAAACUUUUGGGGCUCGAAAAACAAUUUUUAGUUAAUCAGUAUUUAAAGACAUGGAGGUGUAUACACCUAAAACUUCUUGUAUGAAGGGAACCUGUGUUCUUCUUAAGAAUAGGUGAAGAAAAAAAAAACAGUUUUGUAGUCAUAAGGUUUGAGAUUUUGCUAUGGCUUUUCGGGUGUGAAAACGUUUCGGGACCUUCGAGGAACGGGCCCGUUUCCCGAAAGCCCUGGAAAGUUUUUGGUUAUCUGUAUCGAAAAAAAAGAAAAAGAAAAAGAAAGAAAAAAAAAAGAGAGGUGUAUACGCCUGAAACU